AUGGCCUCAUCCGCCGCUUCGACCGUGACGAAGCCGUCCAAGCGCAAGUCCGCCGUCGCGCCCGCCGCCGAUGGCGUUGCCGUCGGUAAGCUGACGGCCGAUGCGCCGUCCGCCGAGAAGGACUUCUUCUGGACAUACACCGAGGAGCCGCACCGAACCCGCCGGCUGGCCAUCAUCAAGGCUCACCCCGAGGUCACAAAGCUCUGCGGGCCGGAGCCUCUGACAAAGUACGUCGUCGCCGGCGUCGUCGCGAUGCAGAUCUUCUGGGCCUGGUACCUCUGCGAGACGCCCUUCUUCUCCUGGAAGUUCUGGCUUGUCGCCUACGUUUUCGGUGCCACGGCCAACCAGAACCUCUUCCUCGCCAUCCACGAAAUCUCCCACAACCUCGCCUUCCGCUCGCCGCUCGCCAACCGCCUCUUCGCCAUCUUCGCCAACCUCCCCAUCGGUGCCCCCUACAGCGCCUCUUUCCGCCCCUACCACCUCACUCACCACAAGUCUCUGGGCGUUGACGGCCUGGACACCGACCUUCCCACCGCGCUCGAGGUCGUCUUCUUCGACUCCAUCCUCGGCAAGGCGUUCUUCUGCACCUUCCAGAUCUUCUUCUACGCCAUCCGCCCGACCCUCGUCUACAGCGUCGCCUUCACAUGGGUCCAUUACCUUAACAUUGCCGUCCAGCUCGCCUUCGACUACGCCCUCUACACCGCCUUUGGCGGCAACGCCAUCCUCUACCUCCUCCUCUCGUCCUUCCUCGCCGGCUCCCUGCACCCGCUCGCCGGCCACUUCAUCGCCGAGCACUACGUCUACGAGACCGUUCCUGCCGCCGCCCGCGACGCCGCCAACAACAUCCCCGUCCCGGAGACCUUCUCCUACUACGGCCCCCUCAACUUCCUCACAUACAACGUCGGCCUGCACAACGAGCACCACGACUUCCCCGCCGUCCCCUGGACCCGGCUGCCCAAGCUGCGCGAGGUCGCCAAGGAGUUCUACGAGGACCUGCCCCGCCACGAGAGCUGGACCUACGUCAUCUGGCGCUUCAUCCUCGACAAGAACGUCGGCAUCACCUCGCGCGUCAAGAGGAAGCAGGGUGGCCGCAUCGUCGGUGGCGGCGCAAAGUGGACGCGCGAGGAGAUUGAGGCCUGA